AUUUAUGUAUAUAUACGUAAUAACAAACAGAAACGUCGCAUCUAAAUUGUCUCUGUUAUUUUGUACUGUGUGCAGCUUGUGCGCGCCUGUGCAUUUUCUUUUCAAACGUUUCACGAUAAAGACUCUACAGCCAAUCAUAUCCACGCACGCUCUGUCUAUUUACCAAAGCCCCUACAAUGAGCCAAUCAGGUUGCACUGGGCGUGUCCGAGAGAGAGUAGCGCCGCGGUAGAAAGAAACGCAUCGGAGUGUCAGAAGAGUGCUUUACAUGAGAAUGGCGGCUGCUGCGUGCAGUGCGCAGAGCACACUAAACCCAUGCGCGGGCAAACUGCACAGAGAGCAUCUGCGGAAAAGUAAAGACUCUCGGAGAAGACAAGCUGCGCUUUUAUUCCUCACUAAUAUAUCACUGGACGGACGGCCUGUGCGGAGCAAUGCGAGCUGCACGGCGGCCCCCGGUGAUGCUGAACUCCGGGGCGCUGAAUUCGGCGCGGCUGUGAGCGAACUGUCCGUUGCUGCGAGCAGCGAUGGGACCUUUACCAACCUCUCAGCCCACAAACUCGGGCUGCUAAGCGUCCCACCCAUUCUGGUUCUGCCGUCGGAUUCUGGGUUCUAUAAAGCCGGGAGCGCUGAGGUAUUGCUGGACAGGGAGAGAGGCUCGUCGUUCUCUUCGCAGGGGAAUCUCCUCUCCCCCAGCAGCCUGCAGCCCACUCCGCUCGGACCGCGGAAGUCACCGACGCUGCUGUCAGUGCAGAGCUGCGGCUCUUCGCUCGAGUCUCGACCACGGAGUCGGAAUCCGUCUGGUUCUCCUCGUCCACGCUCCAUGAAGAAAGUUCACUUUAUUAAGAACAUGAGGCAGUAUGACACCAGGGGCAGCAGGAUUGUACUCAUCUGCGCCAAAAGAUCUUUGUGUGCUGCCUUCUCAGUGCUGCCGUAUGGAGAGAGUUUCCACAUCAGUGACCCUCUAUUGGACGGCCAGCGUCGGAGACACUCUUCUGGCGGGAUAUCCACCACACUAGAGAUGUUUCCUGACCUGGAGGAGGUGGAGCUGGGCGUGUACGGCAGGACGGUGUCGUACGCGCAGUUCCUGUACCCCACAAACGCUCUGGCCCGUCACAAGCCCUCGGUGGAUCUCACUCUACCCGUGCCCUUUUCCAGAAACAGCAUCCCUCGCAGUUAUCCACCCUCCCGCCUUAACAGCGCUGUGGGCCUGGACCUGGGCCUUGAGGACAGCGAUUAUGACCCCAACCUGCUCAGCGACCCCCAGUGGCCGUGUGGGAAACAUAAAAGAGUUCUCAUCUUUGCAUCAUACAUGACUACAGUAAUAGAGUACGUCAAACCAUCGGAUCUAAAGAAAGACAUGAAUGAGACUUUCAAGGGAAAAUUCCCCCACAUCAAGCUCACGCUGAGCAAAAUCAGAAGCUUGAAGAGAGAAAUUCGUUCAGUGGGGGAGGAUUCUGGUCUGCAGCCGGUCACCAUAGCGAUGGCGUUUGUGUACUUCGAAAAGCUGGUUCUACAGGGGCAUCUGAACAAGCAGAACAGGAAGCUGGUGACGGCCGCGUGCCUCCUGCUCGCCGCCAAGAUCAGCAGUGACCUAAAGAAACAGGAAGUCAAACAGCUGAUUGAUAAAUUAGAGGAGAGAUUCCGGAUAAGCCGUCGAGAGUUGAUCGUGUUCGAGUUCACUGUACUGGUGGCUCUAGAAAUGGCGCUUUACCUGCCGGAGAGUAAAGUCAUGCCUCACUAUCGCAGGCUGGUCCAGCAGACCUGAUGUGUUCGAUGAAUCAGAGGCUUGGACGGAUGUGAAUAUGGUGUGAUUGAGUGGAUGUCUGUGGGUUGACAUUGCAGUUUCAGGUGUCAGAGGCAACGCACAUCACAACACUCUGUUGAAGAUCUAUGAUCUACUUGAUGCUUUUUUAAGCGGUCAGGCCAGUGUUAACUCACUUUUUGUGACCGCCAUGGGAAAAUGGCUGAGGAAAUCUUUUUUUGGUUACAAAUUUCAUUUAAAACAAUCGAAUGAAAAGUUUCAAGCUUCAGUUUUUUUAGCAUACUUGUUUAUAACAUACAGUAUCUAUUUAUCCUAAAUAACAUUAUUUAAUGUAGAUCUCUUCUUUUGUAUCAUUUUAGACCUAUCGUUCACUGUAUCACGAAAGCACUUUCAAACCGUAGUUUGUAUCUAAACAUUAUGCAGUAAUACAGGAAUCAUUAGCGAAGGUUUUGUCACGUGAAUAUGCACUUUUUUUUCGUAGCGUACUUCCACAGCAUUAACCUAGCGUAGUAUUGAAAGCAAAUCUCUUCACGUUUUUGACAGCCGUAUUGUUUGGACCGCACUUUAUUGGACAGAGUGCUCUAUAUUAGAGCUCAUUUCUGAAAAGCACGCUGGCAGUGCUGCUGUGUUGUAUUUUUAAAAUAGAGCUUUGACAGCGAUUAUUAUUCCAGGUUUAUGACAUGCUUCUAAAAGGUGUUAUAAGGCUGCACAAGCUUUAUGGCUUUGAUUAAAGGAAUGGUUUACCUAACAAUGAAAAUUUAGUUAUUAUUGGUUCAUUCUUUACCUUAAUUUGCUGUUUGUUUAUAGAAUUCAAAAGAAUAUUUUUGGAGAAUCUUUAUGCAAUGACAGUAUACAAGGAGCGUGUGUGCAUUGUUGACAUCACACACAGGGCCAAGUAGACAUGUGACGGUAUUUAUUUUUAUGUCACAACGAUCGCGGAAUACUGUACUAUUACGGUGUCGAUUUUUUUUUGGACAAAAACAGGUUAAGAAACAUCUCUGUUCUUCUCUUAAUAAUACAUUUCAAGACGUUUUUUAAAUAAUUACAAAUAAAUAACAAUGUAUAAAGUAACCAAAUAAAUGCAAAAGAACAUAACUGUAAAGAACAAUAAUAUAGAUUCAGAACAUCUUAAACCUAUAUUUUUUGGGCUGGUGUGUUUUAGUCCAGAUAAAUAUUUAUAAUAUUUGACUUCUGUUUUACGAUAACAGAAUCCAUGCUUUACUCACUUUCAUAUAAUGGAUAUUGUAUUAAUAUUUGAAGCCCCAAACAUUUUCAUUCUGUCUCUAUUAAAUUUGUUGAUGGAAAAGAAGCUAAUGUGCAUUCUUGAAAUCUAAACAAUUCUGGUAAUAAGGUACUUAUUGACAGUAUUUUAAACUGUGCGUGUUAAUAAUAAUGUGUUCAUUAUCGCGAUGUAUUGCAUUAUUGAAAACCGACACAUGUCUACUGCCAAGUUUGAAUUUAUAGGAAAUUAAGAUUUGGCCUGUUCCUCACAUACAUCUUUUGUAUGCUUUCAAAAGACCUGCAAUAUGGAGCAUGACUUAAAUAGUGCUUUUCUGGUGUUUUUUUGUUCACCAUGAACUGUGUGGGGAAAAAAUCUUAUAUUCUUUUGUGUUUCAUGGAGAAAAAGUAGAGUAGAGUUUUCAUUUAUAGGUAAACUGCUUGUAUAUAGUUAAUCAAAAGGCAACUGUUUGUUUGUCGCCUGCAUCCAGAAAGAUAUUUAUAUUGGCCUCUUUAACCUAUAGACAUGACAUCUCUGUGUACUCUGUGAUGGGACAUAUAACCAGACAGUGUUACCCAUUGAAUUACACUCUGUUGAUGUUGAACAGGGUUUUCCUUGCACCCCCUACGAUCUAUGCAAUACUUCACAUGAGAUUAUUUUCCCAUUUAAUCACAGAACAUAUCACAGCCAAUUCUAAUAGUUUAUAUGUGGGAACAAUCUUGUUUUGUGUGAUAUUAUGUAGCCGGCAGAAAAACUGUUGUUGUGAAAGAGUCAUGUGGUAUAGUCAUAGCUUUAGGGACUUUUUUCCUUUAUAAAAUGAUGUAUUUUAUACACUUGUCACUCAAUAUAUUUGAAUCCACAUACUGUAUCUAUACAUACCUGUAUUAUGGGCUGUUAUUGUUGUCCACAGUUUAUGUUAUAUUUUAUGAUUGUAUUGUAUUGUUUUAUGUUAUGUGUCCUCUUUGUUGAGAUACUGUGACCUUGAGCGGUCAAAACUAAGACAUUUGCACAUUUUUGAAGCAGUCUGAUGUGUGCAUGCAGUGUUGGUUUUGUUAACUGUGGGUUGCAGCUGCCAUCUACAGGAAACCUUUUGCAACCACAGUGUGUCAGUAUGAAAGUUGAAUGGAAUUUUGUUACACAUGGAUUGGACAGUUUUGAUUUUUGAUGACUAUGUUGUGCGUGCAUGUUCAAGAGUCCCUUAGUUAACUAAGACUGCAUGUAUACACUACAGUUUAAAAGUUCAGGGUCACUUCACUUAAAAUGUUUCUCAUGAUCUUAAAAACCUUUUGAUCCAAAGCAGUGGUACUCAACAGGGGGCCCCAGCUGACUUCCAAGGGUUCCUUAAAAUUAGACAAAAUGAGCAAUGAAAUACAUUUUUAAGAACUAAAAAACAAGAUAUUUCAAAUCAAAUCCCUUUAUUGUCACUCAACCAUAUACACAAGUGCAACAGUAGGUGAAAAACUUGGGUGCAGUUCCGACCAACAUGGCAUUAUGACAGAUAUGAGACCGAAUUGUAGAUUACAAGUAACAAAGAAUUACAAUACAUUAUAGUAGACAUUUUCUUGUACACAUUUACACAGUAAACAUUUGUUUAACCAUAGUAUAACUUAUUAUUAUUAUUUCUUAUUAAUUGACCGUUUAUAUGAUGAAUAAACGUUUCCAGUUAAUGUACCCUCUUAAAAAUAAAGGUGCUUAAAAGGUUCUUCACAGCGAUGCCAUAAAAGAACCAUGUUUGGCUCCACGUAGAACCAUUCAGUCAAAGGUUCUCUAAACAUCUCUUUGAAGCAUCUCUUUCUUACCUUUUUCUAAUCUGAAGAACGUUUUUCCCAACCUUUAUGUGAAACGAAAAGGUUCUUCGGAUGUUAAAAGUUCUUAUGUAACUAUUUAGACAAAAAAAAGGUUCUUCUAUGGCAUUGUGAAGCACCUUUAUUUUUAAAAGUGUAAAGAUAUAAAAUCUUUUAUUUUGUAGAAAUUAUGUUUUUGUGAGUGGGAGGGGGUCUGUGAAAAUCGUUAAAAACAAUGGGGGGCUUUAGGGGGAAAAAACGUUUUGAGGACACCUGAUUUAAAAGCAUAUGCUUAAGUAUUUUAAAUUACCUUUAUUGGCAAAAAUGUAAUUGUUCUUUCUAUACUAAAUUUCAUUUAUGAUACGUUUUGAUUGGCUGAAUGCCCAGCAUAGAUGAGAAUUUGAUAAAUUGCAAAGAGAACAUUUCUACAAAUUCUAGGCAAAGUGUUGCUACUUAGAAAAUACUAUUUUUUUAACAUUGUUCCCAAAGUUACAUUAUGAAUAAAGAAUGAGUCACUGACCCUAAACUUCUGAAUGGUAGUAUAAUACAUACCAUAUAUAUAUAUAUAUAUAUAUAUAUAUAUAAACAUUCAAUUAAAGUGCCUGUUAGUUUUUGUAAUCAAUGAUUUGGUAAAGGAAAAAGUUGGAAGAAACAGUACUUCGUUCUUUACACUGUGAUAUUUCUAUAACCUCUGAUGCCCCGCACAUGUGUCUUGUUUAAUAUGUUUAUUGUAAAAAUGUGCUCUUAAGAACAUAAACCAGCUGUUAAAACAGGGAAAAUAUACUGACUGAAUAAAUCCUGUCACCUGUAGCCAAUCAAUAUGUCGUUUGAUUAUCA